GGCGAGCUGCUAGCGGCGGAGCGCUGCGGGCGGCGCAGCAGGUGCGAGCGGGACGAUGACAGUGUCGGAACCUCAGGGGGCCGCGGGCGGGGCCGAAGCGGUGCUCCCGAAGGAAGAGAUUCGACGGGUGUUUCCAAUUAAAGCACAGUCUCCAGACUGUAGUAGUAAUGUUUCUCUGCCUGAUGGCGGUGAGCUGCUAGAUUUCCUCCAGUCAGAGGAACAAAUAGUAGGUGCCUCAAAUUCAGGAGAGGCUUUUUACGACUCGCUUCAGACCCUCAAAAGGAAAAACAGACAAUGUUUGUUAGAACUAGGUCUGAUGUACCAAGUACAGUUGGAAAACCACCAGGAACCACCAGAGGAGAACAAGGAGCUGGAAGACUUUUUCCAGGAAAAUGGAAGAUUGACAUUGCCAUCAAAGUUCCAGGAAGCUUUGAGAUCUGGCAACAUAAGAAGGUUCAAUUCAUUGACUAACAUCACUGCUGAUAACCCAAAAGAUGAGCAAAAUAAUCAUUCGUUUCUUCAGUCCUUUUCAAGAUCAAAGAGUGCUUCAGCUACAUGGAUCUCCUCUAUCACUGUCCCUCAACCCUUCAAUAUGACACUUCGAGAAGCUCGCAGAAAGUUGAAGUCCCAUGCAUUGUUUGAAAUUGAAUCAGCUGAGUACAAAAGACAAAGCCUAGAAGAAGCUGAAUGCCAGAAACAGUUCAGAGCACAACCUGUGCCUGCUCACAUCUAUCUGCCACUCUACCAAGAAAUAAUGGAAAAGAAUGAAAUUCGCAGGCAAGUGGAAACACAAAAGAGAAGAGAACUGCUCCUUUCAAUGCAAAAACCCUUCAGUUUUCAGGAAAAAGAAGAAAAACGAAAGGAGGUCAUCAGACAGAAGAUGCUAGAAGUUUUGACUCCAGUUGAGAAAUCAGUGCCAAAAGUCAGGAAGAAGAUCCCCAAGUCCACCUAUGAACCAAUGUUUGGGGAUAAACUCAAAGAAGCUGAACUGUUUCGAAAAAUCCGUAUUCAGAUGAGAGCCAAGGAUUUAUUGGAAAGUUCCUGGGCUCCUAUUGAGCUUGGCAAGAGAAAAAAAGGAUCCCAAAUUACCUCUAUGAACAGGGAGAAAAAACUGAGCUUUCUGCAGGAUAACUUCAGUUUUAAACCAAGAAUCAAUACAUCUGUGCCUGACUUUGAAGGACUUUACUGGGCAUUCCAGAGAGAAGCUUUAAGCAAACGAGAAAUCAAAGAAACAACUCAUAAUAAACCAUUCAGAUUGAGAACAUCUAAUCUCUCUUGCAAACAUCAAGUGCCUAAUCAGGGGAUGAUGGAUUUUCAACAACCUUCCAGGGCACCAAUACAAAGGAGUCGGUCUUUGAAUUACCUUUCAUCCCUCUCCUCCAACACACUUCCGAUAUAUAUCACAGAUGCAGUGAGAAAGAGACAGUCUGCUAUUAAACGCCUUCAAGAAGAUAAAAAAUACAAGGAAAAUGAAGGAGCUCGUUGGGCAGAGUUGCAGAGAAAGAGAGGUCAAGCUAUGCAUAAGUCUCUAAACUGCCGAGCAAAAGCUUUGGAUCCCCAUAAAAGCUUGGAGGAAACGCACAGAGAAAAGCUGAAGCAAAACUGGCAAAAUGUCCGAAAAAGAACACAAGAGUAUAAAAAGGAACUAGAAGAGAUGAAGUUGCGAGUGAAAAACAGACCAUAUAUGUUUGAACAGAUCACAAAGCAAGGUGCCCGUCAGGGGGCAGAGAGGCUUUUUCGAGACACCUUGCAGCAGUUUGGGUUGAAUGAAGAAUUUGUGAAAAGCAAAGGAGGAGACUCCGCUGACCUAGUAGGGAAGGAGCAGUCUGAAUCACAAAGGACCCAUAAGUCGCAGAGGAAUACCAAAGCUGGCAUUAUACAAGAACUAGCUGAAGAGGGGCAAAGAAUACUACAAAUGAAGUAGGAACCCAAUGGAAGUCUUCAGGUGCCUAAAGCUCCCCCCCCAUUUAAUCAAAUGUCAUUAGAUUAGGGUUAGGCAACUUCUUCAGCCGAAGAACUGAAGCUAACAUGCUUUUACAUUAUCAUUUGUAAUCAUGGUGUAUACUAGAUUAUAGAUAACAUAUGUAUUGCACUCCUUUAGAUAAUCACAAAAGAUUUGGCACCAUCCCUCUACUUGGGUGGGUGGAAGUGGCAAGCUAUGUGCAUUUGCAGCCUGCUGUGCUGACACAGAUCCUGGAAGCAUCAUCCUGUUUGGACGUUUCAUGCUAAUGGUACCCAUAUGGAUUCUGCACUAACUUAAAAGGUACCACACUACUGUUUUAAAUGUUUGUGCUUCUCAGGUUCAGGAAGCUGUACAAUGGAAUUGCUACAGUAGAUAUUUUUAGCCAGUUUUGUUUCUACAAACAGGUUGGCAACAAGGAGUUUUUAGAUUUCCCUUCAGUAACUCAUUUGCACUAUUUUUAAAAACAAAAGAUGGCCAGAGGAUGUAUGCUAAAUCCUCUUCUCCACCCCUUGCCCAUGCAAGGCUAAUAAAAAUAUAUUUUCCCUUGCAACCUAGAUUUAUUAUUUUUACAAGUUCACUGAGAUUUAUAGUCCAAGAUACCAUUAUGAUUCUAUGCUGGCUUACUUGGAAGUAAGUACCAUUGAGGAUAAAUGGACUUACUUACAGAUAAAUGUGCUUAGGGAGUAAACUGAAGUGUGUAUGUUACAAAAGCAGCAGUAUAUUAGUCUAGUAGCAACUACAGUAGUACCUCGGGUUACGAACGCGAUCCGUUCCGGGUCGCAGUUCGUAACCCGAAAAGGCCGCAAACCGAGCGCCGCUUCUGCGCAUGCGCAAAGCGCGAUUUUCGCAUGCGCAAAGCCCGUGCGCCACUUCUGCGCAUGCGCGGGACGCACACGCGCCGAAAACACUUCCGGGUUUGCGGAGUUCGUAACCCGAACUGUUCGCAACCCAAGCGGUUCGUAAACCGAGGUACGGCUGUACUGAAAAGCAUGAUGAGUUGUUAUUCCAUCUGAACAUUUAGUAAAAAUUAACUCUAUUUUCAAAAACAUGAAUAAAAUCAUUAAAACCAAGAUUCAUAGAAUUUAAAGUAACAUUUAAAGUUACUUUAUUCAUUGAGGACAGGUGGGGGUGGUGGGGACCUUUUUAACUCCCUGGGCCAGAUUCUUACCAAGAUCUGCCUUGCAGGCUAAAUUGACGUAAGUGGGACCACCCACAUCUCAAAAUCCCUUGAACACCGAACUCAGAGGCACAAAAAAGAAGUGGCAUGAGAUUUGCAAAGCCUUUUCCAAUUCCCAGAGGGUGGGGAGACUUGCAAAAAGAUGGAAGAUAGCCUCUGCACUCCCUUUUGAGCAAAUGGGAGCACAGGAGCUGCCUUUAAACCCUUUGCAAAAGCUACUUUGAAACAGCUUGCAAGUACACAUGAGCUGCUUCAAAAAGUGCUUUUGCACAGGACUUUUAAUCCCUGCUCAGUUAAUAUUUUUUGUGCUGUGCUGUAUUAUUGUUCUAAUGGUCUAUACUGUAAUUGUUUUCAAAUAUUUAAGCGGCUCAGAGAACUUUGUGAGUGGCACAAAUACUGUAUUUAUUAUGCUUUGUCUGGGCUAUAUCAAACCAUGUUAAUUCUGAGCUCAGAGGCUGAUGAAAAGAUUUAUGCAUUUUCCUAUUUUACUAGUAGAACUGUCUGAGGUAAAUG